AUGUCUGUCAGCGUACUUGGUAAUGCUCAACGCGACUCCUUAGUCUCGACUGAGGAAGUAGUCCAACUUGCCAAAACAAACAAUCUUACCAUUCCAGAGUCCGAGCUUGCAGAUUGGGCAGCACUUCUAGCGGGACUAAACCAUUGCGCGAAAGAGAUCCUUGAAAUCCCCGACUACUACCCUGCGGUUGAUACAAAUUUAUACCCACGAACCGAGAUCCACAGACCAGAGGGGCUGGUAGAAACAGAUUGCGGAGGAUGGGCAUGGAAGGGUACGGUCAAAUCUACCAAACCGACGAGCAAUGAGUUGCAAGGAAAGACACUGGCCAUAAAGGACAAUAUUGCCGUUGCGGCGAUAAAGUGUACAAAUGGAACUGGAGCAGUAGACUGGACGCCAGAUGUGGAUGCUACAUUGGUCACUAGAAUACUAGAUGCCGGAGGGGUUAUCACAGGUAAAGCGGCUUGCGAGAACAAUUGUUUUGGAGCUGUUAGCGAUACAUCAGUGACGGGCCCAGUUCAUAACCCAUAUGCACAUGGAUACAGCACUGGUGGUUCUUCAUCCGGUUCUGGGCGUCUUCUCGCCUCUGGUCAGGUGGAUAUGACAAUAGGUGCCGACCAAGGAGGAUCAAUUCGUUUACCGUCCGCGAAUUGUGGUGUGGUCGGUUUGAAACCAACUUGGGGGCUCGUGCCAUAUACUGGCUGCAUUUCACUUGAAGCUACGAUUGAUCACGUCGGACCAAUGUGUAAAACAGUUCAAGACUGUGCUACGCUCCUCGAAGUAAUUGCAGGUAGUGAUGGUAUUGAUGAUAGGCAACCGUAUAAUUGGCCACAAGGUCACAUCAAGUUCGGGCAAGAGAUCGCUUCUCAUCUGUCCAGUACCAAAUCAUCCUCAGCAACGCUCAAAGGCAUGAAGAUCGGGAUACUGAGAGAAGGCUUCGAAGACCCAAUGACAGAUUCUAAUGUGGCCACUGCAUCUCGAGCAGCUAUCAAAAAACUUGGGGAGUUGGGUGCCGAAGUCAAAGAGAUCAGUAUCCCUCUUCAUCGCGACUCGGGUAUGAUCUGGAUGGUAGCUUUACCAAUGGCUGGCACGACUCAAGGUUUACUUGCCAACCCAGCUGGCAGAAAACAGCUUCUCUUCCCGACACGAUCUCAACAAGUCGGUUCUGUCCUAUCUCAAGCCGCUUUUGAUGCCCUGGGACCAGGAGGUCAAAACAUCUACCUCCGUGGCCUGUUUCUCCAGCAACAGUUCGGUUCUCCAUUGCACGCUAGAUGUACGAAUCUCCUACGAAAACUCAAUGACGAAUACGACCGUGCGUUAAGAGAUGUCGAUGUUCUUGUCAUGCCAACGAUCAUAUUCCCACCCGUGAAGAUCUGUCCAGAAGGAGGUCGUACUCUUGGUCCAUUGCCUAUGCUGAGCAGGACCAUUGGCGCCACCUACAAUACCGCUACCUUUAAUUCUAGUGGUCAUCCUGGGCUCAGUCUUCCUGUUGGUUUUGUCAAUGCGCGCGAUGAUGAGAAUGUGUGGUUGCCAACUGGAUUGCAGAUUGUGGGGCGGAAGUUUGAAGAUUUGACUUGCUUGAAGGUGGCUGCGAGUUAUGAGCAGAGGAAUAAUUGGAAGGAGUUAAAGUAUGGGGGUGGAAGUAAAUAG